ACAUUUAACCUGGUAUCCCCUCAGUCAGCUGUCAUUAAAGUACCGCAAAUCGAUGUCGUUCUCUUGUAUUUUUGUGAAAAAAAGCAAUCUGUUCGGAUGAUGAAAGCAAAAAACUUCGUUGUUAAUGAUACUUCGCGAGUGUUCGACUUCAAAUUGGACUGAAACACAUUAAUUGUACAAUGAGUGCGUCAGAAUUGGACAGCCGCAACAUAGCUCUUUCCAUGAGAAAAUCUGUAGAAAAUCUGGUUGUAUCAUCACAAGAUGCCAUCGGGCAGAGCAUCAGUCAAGCUCUCAACUUCUCUGGGGUCAUCACCCCACAUACUGUUCAGGAAAACAAAAGCGUAUCCCGUUCUCCGUCCCCAUCGCUGCGUCACACAGAGAGCAGUUCUGAACUUGUAGAUGAUAAGUCCAGUGAUAUCUACAUCCAGGGUUCUGGGGACGCGCAGCCAGUGUCCAUAGAAGCGCCGCUCGCAAAAUCUGAUAGCAAUAAGACAAUAUCACAAACGCCGGUGGCGUUGCGCGGCGGCGCUGACGCGGGCGCUCGCACCAAGAAGAAGAGCUGGUACAACGCGCUCUAUCCCACUUACAAGAGCAAGUCGGAGGAUUUCAAGAGGCUGUUCAAAGAUCUGCCCGAUGAGGAGAGGCUUAUUGUUGAUUACUCAUGCGCCCUGCAAAAGGACAUCCUGGCGCACGGGCGACUGUACGCCUCACAGAACUUCCUCUGCUUCUACGCCAGCAUCUUCGGCUGGGAGACCAGCAUGACCUUGCGCUGGAAGGACGUCACCGCCAUCACCAAAGAGAAGACAGCACUGGUGAUACCUAACGCGAUCCUGGUGUGCACGGAGACGGAGAAGAACUUCCUGACAUCAUUCUCAGGUCGGGACAAGGCAUACCUCAUGCUGUUCCGCAUCUGGCAGAACGCGCUCAUGGACCAGCCCAUGUCCAGCCACGAGAUCUGGCAGUGGGUACAUUCUUGCUACGGCGAGGAGUUAGGCUUCAACUCAGAGGACGAAGGAUAUCCGCGGGACGUGCGAGACGCGCCUGACGAUUCCUCCGCCACGCCACUGGACCCUCACGAGGAGCUGGUGGAGCCGUCGAUGGAAGUGUGCGGUGGUGGCGGAGGUGGGGGCGGGGCGCGGGGGCGGGACCUCUCGCCUCUAAGGGUGUGGGAGAUGUAUAUAUACACGUUGUUGAAUCGUGCUGUUUCAUUUUAUUAUACAAAUGGUAUGAAUAUAAAUGUUAGUGAGGUUGAUGAUUAUUUGCUGGUGGAUUGUGAACCCUCGGAUAUAUGGAAUGAAGUUGAAGAAGGAUGCGAGGAAGCUCAACCUGCUUACGUGACAAACGGCGACUUAGCUCUACGUGACGACGAGGCGGGUGACACGCUGCCCACAGACAUGUCGGACACCACUGACAGCGAGCCCGACAAGCAUCGCAAUUGCGGUGAGACGGAGAAGUGCACGUCGACGCACGAGGGCAAGCCGCUGCUGAGCCAGCAGUUCCCUUUCAACAUCGACCAGCUCUUCACCAUGAUGUUCACCAACUCGCAGUUCAACCUGGAGCUGCUCACCGCGCGCGAGAGCACUGACUACACGCAGGAGCCGUGGCAGACGCAGGGCACGCGCAAGGCGCGCCGCGUCACCUACACGCUCAGCCUCUCCUCGGGGCUCGUCGGGCCCAAGAAGGUGCGCGUCAACGAGACGCAGGUGAUGAACAAAUGCUCGAAGCCCGGCGCGUUGUACUCAAUAGACGCGACCAGCGAGAACUCUGGUAUCCCGUACGCGGACUACUUCACAGUGGAGGUGCACUACUGCCUGCAGCGCGCUGCGGAGACCAGCACGCACCUCGCUGUGUAUGCCCACGUGCGAUACAAGAAGACCAUGUGGCCCAUGGUCAAAACGCUGUUAGAGAACAACACAAUGUCUGGUCUGGAGGAGUACGCGCGUCUGCUGGAGACGCGGCUGACGGCAGCUCAGCCUGCGCCCGCGCGCCACGCCCGCCGCCGCCGACGACAUCUUGUGGCACGUGUUACAGCGGUGGCGAGCCAGGAGCCGGUGGCGCUGCCGCUGGCGGCGCGGGGCGGCGUGGUGCGGGGCGGGGCGGCGGCGGUCGGGGGCGGGGCGCGCUGGCUGCCGCUGCUGGUGCUGGCGCUGCUGCUGCUCAACGCGCUGCUGUACUGGCGCCUCGCAACACUACACAACAACGCCUUCGACGCAGAUGACCUUCAAGCCAGGAUGAGGUCAGUGAGCGGGUCGCAGAUGGCGGACUGGUCGCGGCUGCUGCAGCAGCACACCUCGCGCCAGCGCUCCGAGCUGCUCGCCUGGCGCGACGCACUAGUGCGUACUGUGGCACACCUCGCUCAGACGGAGCAAGAGCUGAGAAAACUGUUGGAUACGAUAAAGCCUUCGCUGGAGAAGGCGCACGCGGAGGCAGACGCGGUGCCGCCGGACGGAGAGCUCUGAGCGCGUACUGAAUGUUGCGUAAGAGAGGUCACGUUAGCCUGGUGUCCGGUCUGACACGUGUUGUGGCAAACUAUGCAAGGUAACAAACAUAAAGUACAUACGUUUUGAACGUUUCCGUGUCUCAUGUUAUUUUAUUAUUGACUAUGACAAUGACAUGAUAUUGCAUUUUAUUUAAUCUGUAACUUAUGGCUAUUUGUUUUUUUUUGUUUAGGAAAACUCUAUGGUUGAAAUAUUAUGCUUGAUUUUUUAUUAAAACGGAAAGUUUUAAAAAAAUCAUAAAAAAUAGGGAAUCUCCUAAUUUUUAAACGUUCACAAAAGUAAUAUUGUUAGAUUGUACUCAUAAUAUAGAUAUUUUGUUGUUUCCUUUAGAAAAUCUUACGAUUUUUAAUUUCCUACCAAUAUUACCUCCUAGCCACUUAGUUGAUAACAUCGUAACCGAUUUACUAACAAAAUUAUGUUAAGUCGUAUAAUUUUAUCUUUGCAUUUUUAAAACUUCGAUCAUAAAUACGUAAUGGUUAAAAAAUAUAUCUUAUGUUCUUAUGACGAUAAUUCAUUAUAAGAACAAAUAUAACAUGAGUUGAAAAUAUUCCAAAAUGACAUAAAACCAGAUAU